CCUACAUUACUCGCCUCUUGCAGUGGAAAUCCGACAAGGUGGAAAAAGUUAUAAAGUUGUCAGUGUGCGUCAGGCUCGAUGUCCGUUUGGUGAGGAUGCCCUUGGUGUUGAAGCAUGUGUCCAUAUGCCCUGGUGAAACACAUCCACAGAAAUGAGUAAAGACUAUGCACGGAUCGAGAUGGACCUGGCUUUUGGAUCAGCCAAGCCCUACGGGUCCUCGAGAAGUAUUGUGAGGAGAAUAGCUACUAGUCUUCCUCUGAAACCCUGCCCCAGGGUUCAUUUUCAGCUUCAUCCGUACACCGAGGACGCUGGUGUCCUGACUGGCGCCAGGAGGCAGAACUGUCAGGUGGCCUCUCUUGCUGAUAUUGGCUGGAUUGACAGGGAUGAGGAGGAGGGUGAUGAUGAAGAAUACUUUGGCAGACCCAGGUCAGGGAUGCCACAGGGAUUCAUGUUUCGAGCCCGCCAGCCUCAUCCUCAGAGAAGACCCUUACCCCGUCGGAGGUCACUGCCCAGCCUGCACCAAGGGGCUCCGGACCCCCAGGGGCCGACAGUCGCCAACGAUGAGGCCAUUCAGAAGAUCAGCGCACUGGAGACAGAACUUGCCAAACUCAGAGCUCAGAUAGCGCAAAUCGUACUGGCUCAGGAAAAGAUCACCCAGCCAGUUGCUACCACAGGGGCACCUCCUCCUCCCCCUCCACCCUGUGGCACCCUGCCUCCCCCUCCACCACCUCCUCCUCCACCACCACCACCACUGCCGCCGCCCCCAGGUCUCCAGCGGACAUUUUCAGCCAUUGAUUUGAUAAAAGAGCGCAGAGGGAAGAAGACAGACGGCCAGACAGUUUUGGAUUCAAGGCCAGCAGAAAUUCCCAGCAUGCUCGAUGUCCUGAAGGACAUGAACAAAGUCAAGCUGCGAUCAGUCAAAAGUCGUCCAGUGGAAGGUGAUGCCAAAGUAAAGCCCGGCGAGCCCGCAGACGCCGCAGCUCUCAUCGCCGAGGCCCUGAAGCGCAAGUUUGCCCACCGUUAUCGACACGACAGUGGACAAGAUGACCAGGAGGAUUUCAAACUUCCCGUUCCAGACGUGAAACCUCGAACUGAAACCCCUUUGUUUGGGCAGCACAUGUUGAAAGCGACUGGAAAAAGGAAGUUGCUCUGAACCGGUCACUGUGUGUGUGUGUGUGUGUCUGUGUGUGUGUGGACGUUUUAAAGUGCCUUAUCAACAUUUUUAAUAUCUGCUGUUUCUGUGGAAGGACAAGGGAUUCUGCCUGAACUAGAUGACAGGCUGCUCCAAGUAUCAGUCAUCUCACAAGUGUUUCAUCUGAUGAUCAUCCCGACCAUGUUUUUUUUUUUUUUUUGCACUUUUAUAACUUAUAUUAGCUUUGUGUUUUACAAAUUCUUUCGGUUUAACUGAAUGUUUUGUAUUUCUGUCGGCAGAGUUUAAAUCCAUCAUGGUCCUGAGUGAAAGUGUCAGAAGCACUCGCGCAUGUUAAAGCAACACUACAGAAUCUUUCAGUGAUAUUAGAUUUAUUGUUCAGUCUUUAUUAGGUUUUCGUUAAAACUUGUUGCACAUAGCAUAGUUGGUCAGUUUUGCAUUCCCAUUUCUAAAGGGCCUGUGAAAGCUGAAGAGUUCUUCUACCACAGAAGAAAGGAAGCACUUUCUUACUUGUGGCAUAUUGUGAUGUACUGUUUUAUAUAUGUAUGCUGACAUGUAGACUAAUUUAUGAUCAGGAUCCAUGUAUUUAUGUUGAGGUUUAAGUAGAUAAUUUUGUUUUUAACACAGUUAAUUAUGUCCUAGAUUCAUCCCUUUUUUUUUUUUCUUUAAGUUGAGCCUGUCUAAGUUGUGUCCUAGUUGCCAGUUUUGCCACGGCUUGCAUGUGUUUUGAUGAUUCAAAUAUAUGCAUCCCAGUUGUAGACGUAAUUUAUCUCUUUACUACGAUCCGCUUUAAGAGCCAAAGACAUUCCAGUGAUCUGCGAUAUUCUGCCUUUAACUGCCAAAUUUGACCUUUACAUGUUCCCUUUUUUUUGUUUCCCGUGAAUGUUUAAUGGUGAGGGAAAGAUACUGCCAUAUAACUGUUAAACAAAGUUCAUAUUUCUCGGUUAUUGACUGUACAUGUGCAGUGUUUUUGUUUUCUUUAUCAGCACCUCCUUUUGAUAAGAUUUGUCUCUUGCAAAACACUUCAACUUUUCCUGGAACUUAAGACUCGCAGUUCAACAUCAACACUACAGAAAUGCUGCAUUAUUGUAGUUAACAUGAAAAAUAUUUCUUGCUUAUUUCGACAAAACUCAUGGGUCCUAAGGUAGCCACCGUUAUCAGUAUCCCAAAAGUAUCUAUCAUCCAUGCAUGCCAGUGAUCAUUUCUGUACCUCAAUUUGGAAAUGUGACACAUAAGAUAGUGACUCCUUUAAGUUGUCAGGUUUUUAGGCAGUAUUUUGUUCAAAGUGACUGAUUGCACAUUGUUCUCGGUUCUGACCAGUAUAUGUCAGUGUAGUUGCUGCUUCAAGUCAACUCUUAUUUUUAUGAGGGAAGGAGACCUGGUAGUAUCAGUUGUAAAUGAGUGAUUUAAACUUAUUCAGAAUUUCGUAGAAAAGUUGUCCUCUAUGAAAAUAAACUUGAAUUGUCAAAU